AUGCUCUUUCCCACUGCUAUACUUAUUACCAUGCUUCUAAACCCAUUCCGACCAUGUGAGGGCUCUCCAACCUUCCAAGAGGAAUACCGGAAUAGUAGUUACGUCCCGGUAGUGAUUGACACCGAGUGGGGCGGCCAAGUUGUGGCACCAGAUACUCCCUACGUGGCUGCAGCCGGUCCCAACUCCUUAUACUUCAUCGAUACCCGGUUUGACCCCGAGACAGCCCAGCAUAUCAAGUUACAAAUUGAGAGGGCCUCCGUACCGCAGCCAAACGAGUACAUCGCCAUUGACGAGAUCAAAGCCACAGCCCAAGUGAAGAACAGGGUUACCGGCGAAACAACGUUCGUGUUUGACCCUCCCUAUGCUCGGGUGCUGUUCGCCAGCGGCAUAAACAGGCACAAUCCAGACAUUAAACUACCGGAACAUGAGCCAGCCGGCGACUGGUUGGUGACCUACAACGUGGAUGAACUCCUGAAGACAAAGCGCGCAUCAUGCCAUUCUUCAUCUCUCUAA